CUUUUAUCCCCGUGUGCCAGCAGAGCCUGGGGGUGUGCUUUGGGAGUCCGCAGGACUGCAGGGACAGACAGCAGGACAGCACCGCAGGCCCGCCGGCAGAGGAGAAGCCAUGCCCAGGAGAGGGCUUAGAGGCAUGUACAUAUCUAGGAGGGCAUUGAGACAGCAGUUUGAUCCCCGCACAUAUCCCAGUGAGACGUACCUGCUGUGCGAGCUGCAGUGGGGUGGGAGUGGCAGGUUUUGGAUACACUGGGCCAGAAAUGACGAAAUUACGGAUUCCCAUGUGGAACAUUACUUCCUGGAGCAAAUCUUUGAGCCAAGAAGCUACAGUGUCUGUGACAUCACCUGGUACCUGUCCUGGAGUCCCUGUGCGAACUGCUGCGAUAUAAUCCAGGAAUUCCUGGAGGAGCAGCACAACGUGAACCUCGACAUCCGCGUGGCGCGGGUCUACAACGAGCACAUCCGAGAAAACCGCGCUGCCCUGAGGCAGCUUGCCAACUUCCAGGGAGCAGCCAUCAGAGCCAUGGAUGUCGAAGACUAUAUGUACUGCUGGGACACCUUUUUGCAACAAGGCGGCUAUUUUGAUUUCACGGCUGGGAGCUUUCGAUCGGCGGUGGAGAGGACUCGUUUAAGGCUGGAAGAUAUCCUUGAGAAUUUUCAUUUCUAGAAUGAAAGAAUAUCUCAAGUUGAAAGGGACCCAAAAGGUUCAUGGAGUCCAACUCCCUUCUCUUCGCAGGAUUACCUGGAACUAAACAACAUGACUGAAAUCAUCAUCCAUGUUAUAAACAGUUACCUAGUAGUUGGCUUUCUCUAUAAUUUUUAAUUAUAUUUCUUAUUUCUCUGUUAGUUUUAAUUACAAAAUUGUAAUAGUUUGCAGAUAAUUAGUCUAAGUCUCAAAUUGUUUUUAAGUAUGAUAAAAUUUUUAAUUGCUUGUGGGCAACAUAAAAGGGGAGGCAAGGCUUUCACAAGAUAAAAGUGGACUUGUGAAAGGUGUAUUUUAAGAUGUGAUUAUUAUUGCAAAAUGUGUAUCCAAGACAGCAUAAGUGAAGUAGAAGACAAUAAAGGAAGAGUACCAAUCUUAAAAUGGCAUCAGAAGACCAUCAGAAGACAACCCUAGACUGCCAACAUCUGCAACUACUGAAUUGUGCAAAUGCUGCAAAAAUCUGAAGCAAUAUUGUAGUCAAGGAGCCCCAAAAUAAUAUGGGAAAACAUCUGAGUGAGCAGCACAAUUGUAACAAUAUAAAUACCUGCAGACAGAAGAAGUGGGUGUGCCUGGCUGUGGCCACACACCCAGCAUACGCUGCAACUAUUGCUUUGUGAUUAUUCCUUAUUAUCAUUUAUUAAACUUCUUAAAC